UGGGCGGUUCUAGAAUCCUCCAAUGCCAUUUUGGCGCUCAAGUUCUUUUUUCUUUCAUUUUUAUUCUUUGGGAUUUCUGGUGUGCGAUAACAGACGGAGGAAUGGCGUCACUCGCAAACUUUUUGAGACCAGGCGUAGGAGGUAUGUUGAAAGAAGGCACAAAACACCUAUCCGGAGUAGAGGAAGCCGUUCUUAAGAAUAUAGAAGCUUGUAAAGAUCUGGCUUCCAUCGUACGUACUUCCAUGGGACCUAACGGCAUGAACAAGAUGGUAUUGAACCAUACUGGAAAAGUCUUCGUGACUACAGAUGCUGCAACCAUAAUGAAAGAACUGGACGUAAUUCAUCCUGCUGCGAAAAUGAUGGUAAUGGCUGCUCAGUCUCAAGAACGCGAGUGCGGCGAUGGAACUGGUUUCGUCAUUGUUUUCGCUGGAGAGUUACUGGAACAAGCCCAGGAAUUGAUCCGUCAAGGAUUACACCCUAGCGAAAUUAUUCAAGGAUACCAGAAGGGUUAUGAGAAAGCUUUGCAGGUCUUGGAAACUCUUGUGACCACAAGCAUACCAAACCUUCGAGACAAAAAGGCUGUUUGUGAGGCUUUGCGAUCUUGUAUCGCCUCCAAACAAUAUGGACUGGAAGAUUUAAUUGCUUCGUUGGUAGCAGAGGCGUGUAUCAGUGUUCUACCUUCGGACGAACGACAUUUUAACGUCGACAAUAUACGUGUUUCAAAAGUUUUGGGGGGUUCCUUACCCUUCUCAACGGUUGUACACGGAACUGUAGUCAGCCAGGAAGCAGCAGGCUCAAUCAAGUCGGUUCAAAAUGCGAAGGUUGCUAUCUAUUCUUGUGACUUUGACAUAGAGAAUCCAGAAACAAAAGGAACGGUUCUCAUUAAGAAUGCAACAGAACUACAAACCUAUAACCGUUCUGAAGAGGAUUCAUUAGAGAAGAAAGUAAAAGAUAUCGCUGAAAGUGGUGUAACAGUAGUUGUUAGUCCCAAGUUUGGUGAUCUCGCUUUACAUUUCUUAGAGAGAUAUAAGAUCAUGGCCGUCAAGUGCAGCUCAAAAGUUGACCUACGUCGUAUUGCACGUAGUUGUGGCGCAGCAGGUUUGACGAAAGUUGAGGCACCGGAUACUGAGUCAAUUGGUUUUUGUGAUUCUGUGAUGGAAGAAGAAAUAAGUUCGACAAAAAUGGUUGUAUUUCGUCAAAAGAAUGAAAAUUCUCGAGUUGCGACUAUUUUGCUUCGUGGGGGGACGGAGAAUAUGAUUGACGAUGUCGAACGUGCUAUUGAUGAUGCGGUUAACGUAUUUAAAGUUUUGACUAGGGAUAAUAGAUUUGUUCCAGGAGCCGGAGCUACUGAGAUUGAGCUGGCUCGCCAAAUUUCAUCCUUUGGUGAUAAAAGCCCUGGUUUAGAUCAAUAUGCUAUCAAGAAGUAUGCGGAGUCUUUAGAGGUCUUUCCGAGAACGCUGGCUGAAAAUGCUGGCCUAAAGGCAACGGAUGUGGUGAGUCGUCUCUAUGCCGUUCACACUUCGGGUCAGUGCACGACAGGCAUUGAUAUUGAAGCUAGUAGCAAAGUGCGUGAAGACAUUACAGACGGUUCGUUAUCGAAUGGCACUGGUGCAGUUCAUGAGACUCUUCCAACAGGUAUUUUAGAUGCAAAAAGUUGUGAUAUUUACGAUUCGCUGGCUACUAAAAAGUCCGCAUUGACUUUGGCAACACAAGUAGCCACCACAGUUUUAAAGAUUGACCAAAUUAUUAUGGCAAAGCAAGCAGGAGGACCCAAACCCCAGUCACGUGAUGCGGAUGCAGAUGAUGCUGCCUAAACCAUCCUUUUCUAUUCAAUAAAGCCUUUGCAAAAAGA